AUGCCGUUCACUGACUACGUGAAUACAACCCAGAUCAGAGCACUGCCAUCAAUAUCUGGUACUCCACCCAACAACAAACUGGAACGUAAAGUUGCUGUACCGGAUAUUAGAAAUUCUACUUUGCAGCGUUCAUUGAAGCCAAGAGCUCAGCCAGCAGCUGAGAAAUGGCUACGUGUGGCCCCAGACUCAGAUAAAAAAAUCAUUGACCAAGUGUUACGUAUCACUGAUAAAGAGUAUGUUGAAAAGACACUGACCCACGCAUUGCAACCCGAUGCUAAGAAAGCUGUUGAGAAAUGGAUGGACAACGCUAGUGAUAGAGAUCGUGAUGUCGCUGUUCAGUUCUUCAGCUCGUUGGCAGGAAGUCGUUUGAUGGGAGCCAAAGAAGGCGUCAAACACGAGGAUGAUAGUCAGUGCAAAAUCUGUGAUGGAGAUCGACUGCGUCAAGUCCUGGACACUCUCAACAAAGGUAGAACAGGAAGUUACGUACUGGCUCGCGAAACAGGUGCUAUAAACCCAGCUAAACGCAACGCACACCUUCGUCUGCUGACACCGACUACUCGAGCAACGAAACCACAGCAUCAGACAUGGCAUCAUCUGCCAGUUAUUCGUCAUCCCGGUCCAGUUUCAAACACGAUCUCGAUGUUCACGCGUCCACACCGUGCCAUCCCAAGACACUUUACCAUCCACCCCGAGUGGGAAUAAGAAGCACUGUCAAAAAAACAUCAGGAACAACAAUUUACAAUGUUGAAUUUUGUUAAGUUUUGCGACAUUAUGUAGAUAUUAUCACUAACCCAAUUAAGUUGUGUAAAUGUGUGGUAUUUGCUAAUACGGCCGUUUGUCGGCCACUUUUUUUUCAUGUUUGCUUACUAUAAUACGUUUUGCAAUGGCGUCGUUUUAUGCUGAAUGAUUUUUCAAUCUCUUCUCACUGAAUUUUAGGCUGUGAAAAACUAGUUUCUGUGUAAAUUUUCAUUUUACCUAUUUUUAUCUAAAUUUGGAAAUAACUUAUUUAACCUUUUCACCACCAGUUCCCUCUUUUCAUCAAAAAUUCACAAAAUAAUCCUGUUUAUAGUUUGCACUUUCCUUCAGAAUAUUGGGACGAAAAUAGCCAAAUUUUUUGAGUAAAAAAUUAAAAUUGAUUCAAAUUUCGUCUGUUGGCUCUAAAAUCAGAUUUUAUUACCAGAAAUAUUGAAAAAUAUAAGCAAAAAGUGCAGACAACUUUGAACGAGAAAUCUGGUGGUGAAAGGGUUAAAGCAAUGAUACAUUCCAUUUGUGUGGCACAAAUUAACAUCUACAAUUGAAAAAUGCUAUACAUCUGUGUCUUUAUUUUUAGAAGUACUUACUAAUGCUGCUUUAAAUUUAUUGGAAAAUAUACUUUUUAAUAGAGGAAAGUGACAUGAAAAUACAGUGCUCAUUAAGGAAGUCAUUAUACAGUGUACAAGGCUUGACAUUAAAGCGAGAGGGACGUCACCUGCGCAUACGCAGGACUUGAGUCCCAAUCGACGAUAACAACACACGCUAAACACGCAAAGGCUCAUGGGUAGACACUUGUUUGUAAACAAUGACACGCUAUGGCCAUCUGACGACUCCCCCGCUUUAACUUUUAAACACACUUUUCGGGAAAAAGUAUGUUGCCUAUAUAUUUUCUAUAGUCUCCUAAACAAGCGAGUUAUUCUUCAUUUGUCCAAAUGCCAAUUUAACUUGUCCAUGGCCAUAGGACUAUCCUUAGUGAUAAGCCCUGGUGUGUAUAUUUCAUUAAUACCGGUAUUUACAAAAGAAAAAAAAAAGGUCUAGAAAGAUUUUAUAAAUUAGAAUGAGUAUUUUUAUACAAUUUCAUUUACAUUGUUUGUUGAUGUAUAUAUGUGUGAAAUAAUAACUCUUUUGCUGAAAACGACAGAUCAAAUAAAUUUGUACCUAAAGUGUGCAUAUAUCCUGUAGUACACUUAAAGCACACAUAAAACAAAAAUCAUUCAAAUAUGACAUAUUUUGAUGCAUUUCUGCCAUUUAUGUAAGUGCAUAUACUACUAAUAGAGCAAAUAUGGUAUAUAUAUUUGAAGCAUAGGGUUUUCAUCAAGCUCACUUCCACUGUACAAGAUUUUCAUAAAGCUAUGCAAUAUUGUAAACAUCCGUCCAUUUCUUAUUGUUUGAAUUUCUUUCUGUAAUAGCUUUGCAAAGAUUGAUUAAAAAAUAUUUGUGAUAAA